AUGACCGUUUUAUCCGUCGCCAUCACACUGUCAUUCCAUCUGAAUUCAAAGCCCACAGACUUGGAGCGCCGUGUGUCGAAGCCCCUCGGCGCAGUGUUCUGGAUUUUAAGUGUUGUGAUGCUGGUGUUGGGAUUGUAUAGCGAGAAGGCGGCCAUUGUGCAGACAGGCUGGCGGACGCAGUUGGUGAGUUUUUCGCUUCGGAGUGUGAAGAUUGGUUAG